AAUCACCAUCUGAACUGACAUGUUCUCCUCCACAUUUAGUGGAUAGGCCUCUCUGUUUCACAGACUAUAAGCCAUGGCAGCUUUAGAUGGACAAAAGCGUCUAAGGGGCUAAAGUUUAAGUACAAAGGAAAAUUUCAGGACAAGAAGAUUAGCCUAAUUUAGGAUUUACAGCUAAACAUUAUAAUUGUUCAUUUAAUCCCUGGUGGAAAGUGCAGUUAACUCUAAUAGUUUCAAUUCCAACAGGGAUUUGGGCCUAUUUCUGCAUCAGUUCACCACUUUCAAGUGCUCAGUGAAAGAAUUGCAGUCUUGGGUGUUACAGAUGCCUCAUCUGGAGCUUUAGCUGCUACUGUUGGCACAGUGUAUUUGCUUUAUUUUGUGUGCUUAAAUUAUAGGAGCAGUGCAGCUGCAGCCAUUUAAAUUUAGGAUGCAUACAACAGGUAAAACAGACUAUUAUGGUAUUAGAUCUUCUGCACAUUGCAUUAGGGAGUCAGUGUGAUGUUUUGAAACUGGAAUCUGUUUAUACACAGCAGCACUCGUGCAAGCUCUAGAGCCUUAUCUGUAAACACGAGCUUGUGUAUUCAGACACGCGCAUCUCUCCAGACGAUAAAUGACUCGGAACUGCGGCUGCAAUCAUGCUGCAUGCUGGUGUGCAUUAAAAUAUGUGAUUGUAAUAAGUGUUUUAUUUUUAGAUAGACUACAGCGAUAAUAAUAGGGGGUUUCAACGAUUAAAAAAAAAUACAUUUUAGAAUUGGGUUGUCUCAUAAUACCCCCAUCCCCCCUUGCCCAUUUUUUUCCUUUUUUUUUCUUCUUCCCGUGUUUGUGAAAUUGUGAGCGUGAACUCCACAGUAGUGUGUAAAUGAGGAUGCUGCUUGUCGUUCAACAGGUGAAAGGAAUGUCUCCGCUGACCAGGGAACGGCGCGUAUCCCGCGCGAGCUCAAGCUUCCCCUGGGCUCCGGUCUCUGAGAGCUCUGCCCAAUAAGAGUGGAGAGACGGCGGGCUGUCAACAUUCCUAUCGCCCCUCUCACUCUCCCCCCGUCGCCCACCCCUUCGGUCUGCAGUUCGCACAGUUCAUCGCCCCGGUUUAUCUCGUGCAGUCUGCUAUCAGCGCUCGCAGACUCCAAUGGAAAAACGGAGAGGCGCGUGUUUCACGCUGACUGAAUGCAAAACGUGGAGAGAAAAAGUGGAAAAGUUGGCACUCUUUCUGAUCAAAUUGCAUCUCACCGAGACUUCAUCUGUUCUCAAGAAGAGGUACAUUGGAGCCCUUGGUGCCCGUGUGAUCUGCGACAACAUUCCCGGACUCGUGAAUAAACAGAGGCAGUUGUGUCAGAAGUAUCCAGACAUCAUGCAAUCGAUUGGAGGCGGAGCUAAAGAGUGGAUUCGAGAGUGCCAGCAUCAAUUCCGGCAUCACCGCUGGAACUGCAGUGCCCUGGACAGAGACCAUACCGUUUUUGGGAGAGUCAUACAGCGCAGCAGUCGUGAGGCGGCAUUUGUAUACGCAAUCUCCUCAGCAGGAGUGGUUUUCGCCAUUACCCGCGCCUGCAGUCAGGGGGAGCUAAAGACAUGCAACUGUGACCCCCACAAGCGCGGCCGAGCCAGUGAUGAACGAGGAGAUUUUGACUGGGGUGGGUGCAGUGAUAACAUCAACUAUGGGAUCAAAUUCGCCAAAGCCUUCGUAGAUGCAAAAGAGCGAACUGUGAAAGACGCACGAGCACUCAUGAACCUUCAUAACAACCGCUGUGGGAGAAUGGCUGUAAAGCGGUUUAUGAAGCUGGAGUGUAAAUGCCACGGAGUCAGUGGGUCGUGUACUCUAAGAACUUGCUGGUUGGCAAUGUCAGAUUUCCGUAAAACAGGAGAUUACCUUCGCAAGAAAUACAACGGUGCCAUCGAGGUCACCAUGAACCAAGAUGGGACAGGAUUCACAGUAGCCAAUAAAGACUUCAGGAAAGCCACAAAAAAUGAUCUGGUGUACUUCGAAAACUCACCGGAUUAUUGUGUCAUGGACAAAGCUGCAGGUUCAUUGGGUACUGCUGGUCGGGUCUGUAACAGGACGUCCCGGGGGACCGACGGCUGCGAGGUCAUGUGUUGUGGGCGGGGUUAUGAUACCACACGCAUAAAACGCAUCACCAAGUGCGAGUGUAAGUUUAAGUGGUGCUGUGCCGUCGAAUGUAAAGACUGCGAGGAAGCCGUCGACAUUCAUACCUGCAAAGCGCCUAAACGUGCUGAAUGGCUGGACCAGACCUGAGACACUCCCUCUUCCCCCCGUUCCUCAGGAUUUUUUCCACGGCAUUCUGGGAUAUGAAGUCCAUCCCUUGCAUUUUUUACCUUGCCCCCCAAAUCCAUUUUAUUUGUUGCAUGGCUUUAUUUGAACUUAUUUUGUGAAAGCACUACAACAGAAAUCUACAUUUCUCAUGAGCGCCUUGCACACUUUGCCCAAUAUGGCAGAUUUUUCUCUCUUUCUUUUUCUCUCUUUCUUUUUGUUUUGAAUUGGUCAGAGGACGGUUAAGGUUUAAGAUUCAAGAACAACCUGUGCUGUAUCAUGUUGUUGUAUUUUUUUGUUUCGUUUUGAUGUGAGAAUUUUGUUCUGUGAGUGUUGUUUUGUGACAAAAGGUGUGCUGCUUUUAAAAUAAUAUUUUAAACUGACUCUGAGCCUAUCAGAUAUUAUCAUGGCUAAUAGCUGAAUAUGUACAUCACAUGUUAUUGAAAACACAACCGUGUGCUUAACAUACAUCACGUGCCCAUACCGGACAGUAUUUUACUAUCAGUACUGAAUAUAACAGAAUGAAUGAGGCUGGUCAGAGGGGUUCAAGAGGACAAAUGGAUGACAGCUAUGUGGGCUGCUCACUCCACAUGGAGCCCUAACAGAGAGUUUCUCUGGAAGCUACAGAGGUAAUAUUAAUAAUAUAAACGAGCAUGCACUAAGGACAUUAGCUAACAGUUGAGCGUUAUUAUUAUAAAACUCAUCAUUGCCUGUGUAAACAUGAAGAAAGGUGUUAACAGCUGUGAAUGGUAGAGGUGUAAGCUCUCUUUAGCUCUCUUGUGCUGUGGUACUUGUUAACUGUGCAGAAGUUCAUAUAAAGACAUUAAGUAUGACAUAAAGAGUCAUUUUAUUUUGCUUCUCUUCAACAUGCUUUCCUGCCAGUUUGUUAAGC